AUGAAGACCACAGUCGCAACACUCGUUCUCUUCGUGACCAUGGGUCUGAGCGCCAAGACGACCUCCCUUUGCCGAGACGUAGGCAACAAGGUGAUUGAGGACAAUGGAGUAUGUUCUACGGCCGGAGGCGCUCCUCUUGGCAAGGGAAUUUGUUGUUUUGACCAGUCCAACGCUCUCGUUAAGUCGAGGUUCGAUAUUGCGUGUGAUGAUAAGUUGGGCACGGUUCAGUCUACUGGGGAGGCUUGCGAGGCCUAG